AUGAUGGCAACAUACUCUCCUCAUCCUGAGGAUCGAGAAGGGACUCACUUACACUCACCCAAGCAUAUCUCACGUUUCGACCCCCACUCUGCCAUCCGUGAAAUACGAGAGUCGUUAUCUCGCUCGCCUUCCAAGGGUUCAGAGUUUCGACCGUAUCCUUUUCGGUCACCAUGCCCUACCAAUCUUCCUUUCUCGCCUUCGCCUUUGUCUCCCUCACGGAAGUCCGCCUCCGAGACACUCUUGCAGAUAUCAAGCAUGACGUCUCCCCAUUCAAAUCGCACCCCUCAGAGCUCACGAUUUCAGCGUCCAAUCCUCCGACGGACCGUCCAGACGCAUGGGGUCACUCGGGUUCGAACCUCGCCCGAGAGUCCCUCGAAACGAGUUCUGACGAACUCGAGUGACGGUGGGAAUUCAUCACCAAUGCCGCUGAUGAAGCGAAAUUCAGCAGAGACCGAGCGGGAGCUAGCCCUGAAAUGCUUGACUGCCGGUGAAGGCAAGGAGAAUGAUAAGAAUCAAGAAGAAACCCGAAGUUGGAAGACCGCUCAUCCUCGCCAGGAGAAACGACGGAGUGGCGGGGCGCUGAUAACAACCGUUGCUCCUCUUAGCCCCAUGAAGCGAUCAGAUGGACCUCGAACGGAUGAUACCACCGGCCUUGAAAGUCCUUUGGCGAAGAGGCGAAGUCUGCAUGGCCCAGGCCUCGACUUCAGCAUCUUUGAGUCUGAUAUCCUGGAUGGUGGCAUGGUCAACGACAAAAGAGCUCAUGACGACAAUGAUUGCUUUGGGGGCAACUCAUUUCUGCCGUCAUCACGAUUUUCCACGAUUCCGAAGCGGUCCUCGUCCCUGAGGAAGUCAACAUUGCAGCAGAGACAGUUGGAAAGACCGAGCAGCUUGAAGAUCAAUCAAGUCAUAGAAACGGACAGGUCAUGGUUAGAGGCGACGCCGGGGACAAACUCCAAGAAGGCCCUCCGAAUGUCACUAGACAGCCAUGUUCAACCUCUCCCUCGAGAGGGCGGCGCCUUCUCAAGUCAAGGACGUCUUCUGAACGCAUCCAUUCAUCCAAUUCCUGCGAGCCAGAACAGCUUCUCACGGCAGUCUCAACAUCCCUUGUCUCGGACGAUGACUCAAUCAUCCUCGCAGCCUAGUGAGCAAGACGAUUCACCAACCCAUGAACCCAUUCAUCGGUCGAGUAGACCUCGAUCUCACGACUUCUCAAAGUCGUUACCUGUGACAGCAUCAAGACCAAUACCGUCGCCUGAAGGUAAUGAAUUCUCAUCUCAAGGGUCAUUUGCCACUCCUGGAAAUUACAAAGCUGCCAAACCGUUACCCGCUGCUUUCAUGUCGACAGGGCUGAUUUCAAAGAAGAAUCGUAACGCGGAGGAUCCCAAUGCAGGCUUGCCAAAAGCCCAUAUGCCAGAUACACCCUGCAAGAAGCAAUCCGUGAUCUUCCCGACUGACGACAAGUUUGCGCCCCACAAUGCUGCUGCCAACCGCAUGUCACGACAGUGUCUCGGGGCGCCGGCAACGCCACUGGAAACACGCCUGGAUCCGUCAAAGGGAUUGGUAUUCCCUUUCGCCAAAAGCACUGGAAUAUUUGGCACCCGGUCUAGCAAGCCCAACCUACUCAGGGAGGGGAGUUUUGCAUCUAUUGAUGGUGACGACAAAGGAGCUUCUCGUUCUCCCCUUACCCGUGCCAACAGCCAGUCAACCGAAUCCGAUUACCCUCCGACACCCACCAAACACUUCACCGAACCCCCCCCCAACCGCAAUUCUGUAUCGCCAUCACCACACAAUUCGGCAGUAGCCAUCAAUCGGGUCGUUCCCAAUUCUUCCUGUGGGACUCGUGUAACAAGUAGUAAGUUGUCCCCCUAUUUGGGCAUCGCCAGGACGUGUCGACCGGGACAGUGA